AUGACUACCAAGGCUACAGACUUCAAGCUUUCUACUAGUGAAAAUGAAUGGUCAGAAUUCGAGGAGAACGUGACCAAUAUUGCAGACGAACAAUAUGAUUUCGACCUAAAAUUCUCUCCCGUUCAGAAUUUAAAUAGUAAAGUGGAAGAAUUACCUUCUAAUACUGGCGACAAGGAUGAAGUAGACGAGGAAGAUGAUGAUGAUGAAGAUGUCUUUUUCGGACCUGUAGGCCACAAAGAGCGAUGUCUUAAAGCUGCUUUAGAACAGAAUAAAGUUGAAUCAGGUAGUCCUUUAAAUGGUCGACAAGUAGUUGAACUAUUUAAGGAAGCUACGUCGAUAGCAGUGCAAAUAGAACAAAACCAGAAAGGAAAUAAAUAUACACCAACAAUACGGACAACCAAUAAUACCAGGAGAUCGUUACCCAUAAGCACUAAUACUUCACAAUUAAGUCAAACAAAUAAUGUCUUAAAAAGAAAGAGUGAUCAAUUAUCAGCAGAAAUAGUUAGCAAUCAGUUACUCUCAAGUACUGUUGAGAUGGAGAAAACAAACGCUAACACGUUUGGAAAAGUCACGAAUUCUAGUGUGUCUAGCAGCCGUCGAGUAUCAAAAUUGCCAAAGUUCGCCACAGAAAAUGUAAAAAAAAAUGCAUUUGACUCAAUUGUUCAAGCCGAUGUGACUACAACUAUGUCAGAUACAGUUUCAGAAAGUAAAAGCAAUACUCCAAAUACUGAUAGUUUGGCAGCUGAAAAAACUAUUAAGAUACCAACCAUCAAAAAUAACCAAAAGUCGAUCCCGAUUGCCGCUACCAAGUCUCAAUUUAGUAAAUUACCGAGAAUGGCUGGCAGAGCUACAAAUCUUAAACUGAAAUACAGCAAGAUACCGACAAAUUCUUGUACUGGAAGAGCUCCUUUGAAAGCUUUUAACGGCGCUGCUAAAACUCAAAUACCUCCAGUAAACAAACACAACAUAAUUAAGGCUGCGGAUAGUAGUAGUUCAACUGCUACUACAGAUUCUGUUUCAAACGCCAACAAUCAUGUUAACGCUUAUCCUACCAAUGAAGUAGCUGAUAAGACUACAAUCCAUGUCGAAACUAAUAAUAUCAAUAAAACAGACAUGGAUAAUGAAAAAAAACCUGAAGUAUCCGUAGACGUUCUAUUGGACUUCUCAAGUAAAAAUUGUGAAUCAAAUGUCAACUCCGAAACUAAUAGUAUCAAUAAAACAGACAUGGAUAAUGAAAAAAAACCUGAAGUAUCCGUAGACGUUCUAUUGGACUUCUCAAGUAAAAAUUGUGAAUCAAAUGUCAACUCCUCAGAAGCUUCAUGCGCAAAUCUGAUAGACUUUGAGGCUGACAUACCGCCGCCUCAGACGCAACUGGAUAACACAAAAGGCAAAAGUAAAGAAGAAAGUAUCGAGAAAGAGAACGUGGCAGUAGAUUUACUUAUUUCCAUUUAA